AUGAAUCAGCCGCGGAAUUUUACAUCGCUGUUAAAUCCAAGCUAUCUGCAGAACGCCCAGCAACAGAAUGCCGCGAGUGCGAAUACAGCGGCAGCUGCGGCUGCGGCUGCGGCAGCAGCAGCUGCAGCCGUAAGUGCUGCGAUUGCAAACGGCGCACAACCGAGUGCAAAUACAAACUCUACUAUUAUAACGCAAAAUCGCAAGCGAGAAACGGAGGGCGACAGUAAACAGGAGAAAGAACUAAAAGAGAUAGAACGUAAGAAGAGGAAAAAGACUAGAUGGAGUGGUAGCGAACAUGACAAAACAUUUAUACCUGGGAUGCCUACGGUACUACCAACAAAUCUGACUCCUGAACAGGAGAGGGCUUACCUCUUUCAGCUGCAGAUUGAGGAAAUCAGCAGGAAGCUACGCACCGGAGAUCUUGGAAUUCCGCUUAACCCUGAGGAAAGAUCCCCAUCUCCAGAGCCUAUUUACAGUAGCGAUGGUAAACGGUUGAACACAAGGGAAUAUCGUACAAGACGUAAAUUGGAAGAAGAACGUCAUAAUCUGAUUCAGAAGAUCCUCAAAAUCAAUCCGGAGUUUAAGCCACCACCAGAUUAUAAGCCACCGAUUAUACGUGUUCAUGACAAAGUAAUGAUUCCUCAAGAGGAACAUCCUGAUAUAAAUUUUGUCGGUUUGCUUAUUGGACCGCGUGGAAAUACUCUAAAAUCUAUGGAAAAAGAAACGGGUGCAAAAAUUAUAAUUCGCGGAAAAGGCUCUGUAAAGGAAGGAAAGGUUGGCAGGAAAGAUGGUCAGCCUUUACCGGGUGAGGAUGAACCUUUGCAUGCGUACAUUACUGCGAACAAUCUAGAUGCUGUGAAAAAGGCUGUAGAACGGAUACACGAGAUUAUUCGACAAGGUGUGGAAGUGCCUGAGGGCCAAAACGAUUUACGACGUAAUCAGUUACGCGAAUUAGCUCUGCUAAAUGGAACUUUACGAGAGAACGACGGCCCACGGUGCACUAACUGUGGGGCUUCGGAUCACAAAUCAUGGCUGUGUCCAGAUAAGCCAAACGUAACGAACAACAUAGUGUGUUCGAGUUGCGGCGGUGCAGGACACAUUGCCCGAGAUUGUAGAUCGAAAAGACCCGGUCAAGGUGGUCCAGCUGCUGCCGGAAUGGGAGGUAUGGGCCAAGCCGGAGACAAGGCUAAAAUUGAUGAGGAGUAUAUGUCACUUAUGGCGGAGUUGGGAGAGGGACCACCACCGGACAGAUCGAAGACCGGACAGGCCAGACAGAAUCCCAAUCCUAAUCCAAAUUAUCCUGGACUUUUUGAUAGACAACAGCCACCUCGCGCAUUGAUGGCGGCGCCGGCGCAUCCCCCGCCACAGAUGAUGCAGGGCGGACCGAUGAUGCCGCCGCCCGGUAUGGCGCCGCCACCGUGGAGUCAAGGUGGUGAGGGUAUGAACAAUAUGAACAUGCAGUGGCAACCGCCGGUGAGCAUGCCGCCGCCGCCUGGUGUGAUGCAGCCGCCACCGCCGCCGCCAGGCUCCACUACGCAGCCCAACAUUCCGCCAUUGAUGCCCUGGAUGGCUGGCAACAAUCAACCGCCACCGCCGGGCCAGAUGCCACCCACGCAGAUUCCGCCACCCGGAAUGGGCAUACCGCCAUGGCAGCAAGGUCAGCAAGGGCCGAUGCGACCGCCACCGCCUGGCACGGCGCCGCCACCGGGCUUCCCCGGCGGCUGGCAGCCGCAACAAAUGGGCGGUUGGCCGCCGGCUGCACCGGUUCCACCUCCGCCGCAGCAACAAACUCCCGCACCACCUGGAAUUGACUUGAACACGUUACCGACGUUACUGGCGCAGCCACCGCCGCCACCUCCGCCCACUAGUUAGUUCUAAGUGACGAGUCCUGAAUGAAUAACUGACUUGUGUAACAGGACAAUAUCGCGCGAUAGACAAAAACUGGAAAUAGAAAAGGAGUUAGAUAACUAAUACAGAUAGUAUGCCGUUGGUCGUUUCAAUUUCAAAAGCUACAUUUGAAGGGUUAAUGGGAAAACGUAAAGGUAGAAUAGGUACAUUAGUGUUCUUGCAGGAGAAUUCGUGUGUGUAGUAGUUGUUUACUAUAUCUUGUUAGAAAUUCCAGAAUAUACGCGCAAUGAAUUAAGAUUGUAUACAGGGUGUCUGAAACCGAACGCACCGUUGAAAUGGCACAUUUUUUAAAUGAAAAUUCUAAUACAAAACUGUGUACAUUUUAGUACAGUGUGUUCGAUCUGGGACGCCCUGUGUAAGUAAAACAAAUUGACGUAGAAUAUAAAUAUGUUAGAUAUUUCAAUUUUUAAUUUAGCAAUUAAACAACAAACUUUAAUCUGCACACUUCAAUCAAAUUUCUUGUAUGUAUGUAUUUCUUGUAUUCUUGCACGUUAACAUUUUUUGUGUGAUGCAUAAAUCUGUUCCAAAUAAGAAACUAAAGAGAAACAA